CUUAUCAAUCAAAACAAUUUUGUUUACUUUUUUGUAGUUUUUUUUCAUUAAUUAAAAAUAUCAACUUUAUUAAAUAAUAAUGAUAAAUAAGUUCAUUUACUCAUUUACUGGGAAUAUAUGACAAACAUAAACCUAUGUUAUCAACAUACAUUCGGCUCUUACAAUAACAAUCAUUUUAAUAUUGUACCCUGGUAUAUAUAAUUGUAAAAAAUAUGGCCUACAAAGCAAGACUGAAGGAAUUUGAUCUCAUCCUCCAACAAGAGCGCAUAGACAUCACCACAUUAAAGAAACUAUCUUUUUAUGGAAUACCAGAAAGUAAGAGGCCUCUUUGCUGGAGAGUUUUAUUAAACUACCUCCCGCUAGAAACAGAUAUCUGGGACUCUGUCCUCGCAGAAAAAAGAAAGUUAUAUAAGCAGUAUAUAGAUGAAUUAAUUGUUAUGCCAGGGGAAAAUGAGACUAAUGGGGAUGUUACCAUGGGGGACCACCCAUUGAGUAUUAAUCCUGAUGGUCAGUGGUCCACUUUCUUUAAGGAUAAUGAAGUUUUAUUGCAAAUUGACAAGGAUGUUAGAAGAUUAUGUCCAGACAUUUCUUUCUUUCAACAACCAACCGAAUACCCAUGUGAAGAAAUAGUCAACAGUAAUGACGUUAAAAGGCUUCAUACAAGAGUUCAAAGACGCGUCCUAAACUGUGCUAAUGUUGAAAGGAAAGGCUUGGGAAUAACAAAAAUAGCUCUCUCAGUAAAAAAGGCCCCAGAAGACUAUGCCCCCAUGGAGGAAGGAAAAGAGGCUCACUGGGAGGUUGUAGAAAGGAUAUUGUUUCUAUAUGCCAAAUUGAAUCCCGGACAAGGCUACGUUCAGGGGAUGAAUGAAAUUAUUGGGCCUAUUUACCAUGCAUUUGCCUCAGACCCAGAUGUUAGUUAUAAAGAAUUUGCUGAAGCAGAUAGUUUUUUUUGUUUCACAAACCUAAUGUCCGAAAUCCGAGAUUUUUUUAUAAAAACCCUGGAUGAAACUGAUCAUGGGAUUAAUACAAUGAUGAAUACUAUGCUCAAUCGUUUAAAGAAUAAUGACCUGGAUGUCUGGCUGAGGUUUCAACAGUUAGAUAUGAAACCCCAAUAUUAUAGCUUUAGAUGGAUUACUCUUCUAUUAUCUCAAGAGUUUCCCUUGCCUGAUGUUCUUAGGAUAUGGGACUCGCUGUUUUCCGACGAAAACCGUUUUGACUUUCUUAUUUAUGUUUGCUGUGCUAUGAUUGUAAUAUUAAGAAAACAAUUAUUAAAUGGAGAUUUUUCGGCUAAUAUUAAGCUACUCCAGAACUUCCCACCUAUGGAUGUCCAAACUAUUCUUUCCAAAGCAGUUGAGCUGUCGAAGAUGCACAUUUUUUAAUAUUCACUCAAAUAUUGUUAUAGGAGUCAUCAGUAUAUAAGUACUAAGUUUUUAUUUUUAUAAGUAAACCGCAUGUGAUAAUUUCAUGUUUAAUCUUUAUAUUAUAGCAUUUUUUCUAUAUCUAAAACUA